AUGCUCACCAAGUCCCUGGGCUUGACAACAGAUAAUGUCACGUAUGAUUUGGAAGAUUCUGUAACUCCCUCUCAAAAGGGCAAUGCUCGGAAUCAGUUGAAACAACAUUUAUCUGGCCUCACAUCGCGCCCCUCCACCAUUUCGGAGCUUGCCGUUCGAAUAAAUGCCGUUUCUACGCCCUUUGCCCUCGAUGACCUCACGACGCUGGCAUCGGCGGAUCGCGUUGAUGCUGUUGUUGUGCCCAAAGUUAACUCAGCUGCCGACUUGACGUUUGUCACUGACGUAUUGCGGCAUGUCGCACCAGCGCGUCAUGAAGAGGGCGCAAAAAAUCCAAUCAAGAUCAUAGCGCUUAUUGAAUCUGCACGAGCAGUCAUGGACCUCUCAACAAUAUGCAAAGCCUCCCCUUUUCUUAGUGGCUUGAUAUUCGCAGCUGAGGACUUUGCACUUGAUCUUUCCAUAACAAGAACACCUUCACUGGCAGAGUUUCUCUAUGCACGAUCAGCCAUCGUCACCGCGGCUCGAUCAUACGAGCUGCCAAGUGCUAUAGAUCUGGUGUGUACCUCUUAUCGAGGUAAUGACGGCCUGCGGACACUGGAAGAGGAAUGUAGAGGUGGAAAAGCCAUGGGAUUUAAUGGGAAACAAUGCAUACACCCCGGACAGCUAGAAACUGUCCAACGACUGUUUGCUCCUGAUAUCAAGGAUGUAGAGUGGGCUGUUCGCAUCACUAUUGCCGACGAAAAGGCAGCAGCCGCUGGGCGUGGUGCGUGGACGCUGGAUGGGAAAAUGAUUGAUGCUCCAGUGGUGGGCAAGGCCCAUGCAAUAACUGCAAAAGCGGAACAAUGUGGAGUUGAUAUUCAAGACCUGAGAGCUAAGUGGAGAGAUCAAGAGCCAGAGUAG